AUGGAGCAAAAUCUGCCAAUCAUAGCCAAAAAAUUCUGGAAAAUCGUCCGAGUUCUCUACUUCAUGCUGCGGAAAGGCAUCUCCAAGGCGAAGCUCCUCGCCGAUCUCAGCCUGAUGAUGAAGCGCGGCAAAAUCGCCGGAAAAGCCGCCAUCCAAAACCUAAUUUUCCACCACGGCGCGCGGCGCGCGGCCGAUCAAGGAGUACGAGUUCAGCUGCGGCACCAGCCCCGCCUUCAAUUUCCCUCCUUCAAGCGGGGAAAGCGCGCCGCGCCGAUCGACGCGGCGGCGCUGGCGGCGGCGCUGGAGGUGGCGUCGCCGGCGCUGCCGGGGUUCGGGCCGAGCCCGAUGGUGCGGCAGCUGCGGAUCACGGACUCGCCGUUCCCGCUGUGCAAUGCGGAGGAGGAUAAUCACGUGGAUGAGGCGGCGGAGAGGUUUAUCAUGAAGUUCUACAGCGAUUUGAAGCGGCAGACCUGCAAAUCGCCGCUUUCGUAUUGA